GGUUCCGGGAACCGGCCGGGGUGGGGCAAGGGAGCUGGCGGCCGUGCGGGUCGCUGAGGCUGCGGCCGCACCACGACCCGGUGUUGCAGUCUGUCCGUCCGUCUGUCCGCCCAGCCAUGGCUGCGCCGGCCCCCGGGCCACGGAUCCUGUUGCUGCUGCUGCUGCUGCUACCGCCGCCUCCAGGUGCCCACGGGGAAAUGUGUGUCGCUUCCCAUGGACUCAGCCUAUUCCCCAAGUCCUGUCCAGAUUUCUGCUGUGGUACCUGUUACGACCAAUACUGCUGCUCUGAUGUGCUGAAGAAGUUUGUGUGGAACAAGGAAAAGUGUGCUGUGCCUGAGACCAGUGUGCCCACCAGCAUGAAGCCACUGGAGCAACUGGGCUCGGCGCUGAGGUUUCGCUCUAGCUUGGACAGUGACCCCAUGUCAGGGUUCGGAGCUACCGUAGCCAUCGGCCUGACCAUCUUUGUGCUCUCUGUUGUCACCAUUAUCAUCUGCUUCACCUGCUCCUGCUGCUGUUUAUACAAGAUGUGUCGCCGGCCGCGUCCGGUCGUGACCACCACCACAGCCACCACGGUGGUGCAUGCCCCUUACCCUCAGCCUCCAAGUGUGCCACCCAGCUACCCUGGACCCACAUACCAGGGCUACCACGCCAUGCCCCCGCAGCCAGGGAUGCCAGCAGCACCCUACCCGACACAGUACCCACCACCCUACCCGGCCCAGCCCAUGGGCCCACCGGCUUACCACGAGACUUUGGCUGGAGGUACAGCCGUGCCCUACCCUGCCAGCCAGCCUCCGUACAACCCGGCCUACAUGGAGCCCCCGAAAGCAGCCCCCUGAGCGUGCCCCUGCCUCUUUGGCUGCCACUUGAUUAUGUCAUGUGUGUGUGAGUAGCAUGCAGGCACAGUUCCUUACUGCCCUGUGCGUGGUGUGUGUGCUGUCUGUACACGUGGCUUCUUCUGAUGCCGACGAGGUGGGGAACAAUCCUUGCCAGAGUGGGCUGGGGCCAAACUUUGUUCUCUUCCUCCCUUGAAAUUAUGCUUCCUAAAAUCUCAAGCAAAAUUCAAAGAAUGGGGUGGGAGUUCUUUUCCAGCUCGCCCUAGGGCGACCAGGUGUGGCUUGUCACACUAGAGUAGUGCAGCCUUUUGUGGGCAUGAUGCAGAUGUGCUGGUUUCUUCACAGUGGCGCCACCGUUUGAGGCCGUGGCUUGUCCCCAGGGUUUGGUGUACCCUUUGCAGAGCCAGGGCCAUGACGUAGGCAAGUGGUCAAGCUUGGCAUCUGGCCAAGCUGGGUUUCAGUCCUUUGGGCAGAUGUCCCUGGAGCCUGUGCCAUACCCAGUGGGAGUUGGGCAGCCUCCUGAAGCCAAAACACCUCAGGCAGAGCCUCACCCACUCCUGACAGCUGCCUGGCUGGACCGCCCCUGCAUCCUCCCUGGGGCCACCUGGAGGGCCACGUCCACUCACGGCCUGGCUGCCCACGGGGAAGCUUGCCUGCCCUUGCUGGCCCUGGCUCCUGCCACAAGUGGGCGGGGCGUCCUCUGUCCACCAACACACUCAGGUCUCUUCCCUGCAGUGUUUUUGUUUUACUUUUAGCCAAACAUUUUGCCUGUUUUCUGUUUUAAAAUGUUCGUGAUAGUUAUGUGAAACUGAAACCCCUGGGUCCUAGAGGGAAAUGGGCCCAUGGAGAGGGACAACUUGACAACUCUGAUGUCCCUGCUUCCCCAAUACCAGCCUCACAGAAUAUCCAAUUCCUCUACCCCAGUCUACAGUUUGUCCUGACAGCAGGGACACCUGGGCCAAGGGGCCAUCUGGAUCAAAGGAGGGGGUGCUGGGUGGCAGCUCUGGCCCAGACAUGAAUACCUCGGUGUUCUCUGUCCCUCUGUUGAUGUCUCACUGGGUCUGUCUUAGCUUUGUAUCUGUCAAUGUAUUUCUCAGUCUAGGGUCUGCACCCUUGUUUAUAAUAAAUGCCGACAUUUAGA